AUGGAUUCAAUGAAUUCACGCGAGUCAUCCCUAGACUCGUUUAUUCCGUUGACCUCCAGGGCCAGCAGCAGGCGCCCGGCUACGGCCCGACCGACGACGACUGCCACCAGCGUCGCCGCGCAGGACAUCGUUUGCGCCGUCAGCGAGUCACGAGGUGUCUCUUGCACCGUCGGUCUGGCAUUCGUCAAUCUUGCAACAGCUGAGGCAGUACUCUGUCAGAUCUGUGAUAGCCAGACCUACGUCAAAACAAUCACCAAGAUUACCGUCUUUGAACCAAGCGAGAUCCUCAUCAUGAACACCGCCAAGGAGUCAAAGCUUCGCUAUAUCAUCCAGGAGAACCUGCCAGACCCUAUUUUUACCUUCCUGGAUCGUAGAUGCUGGUCGGAGAAGACAGGCCAUGAAUACGUGGAUCGGCUGGCCUUCCCCGAGGAGGUGGAUUCCCUCAAAGUGACUCUGGGUGGGAACUACUUUGCCGCGUGUUGCUUUGCAGCAGUGCUCAAGUAUGUCGAGCUCGAGCUCCAACGGGUCUUCACUUCUCAUUCCCUGCGCAUCCGAUUUGAACCGUCCGAGGGGUCCAUGACCAUUGAUCUCGCUACGAUUGUCUCUCUCGAGCUCAUCCAGAACCUGCAGAAUGCAAAGUCUCGCAACAGUCUUUACGGGUUGCUAAAUGAAACAUUGACCCCCAUGGGAGCCCGGCUCCUGCGAGCCAACAUUCUGCAGCCGUCCACUGAACGAGUCAAGCUGACAGCGAGGUACAAUGCUGUCGAAGAUCUAUCAACCAAAGAGGACAUGUUUCAGUCCGUUCGACAGGCGCUCAGGGGCUUCAUUGAUGCCGAUAAAGUGUUGACUUCGAUCAUCCUGGUCCCCACCAAACGGACGGUCCAGUACGUCGAGCAGUCAGUCAACAAUGUGAUCAUACUCAAGACCUAUGUGUCUGCCAUCAAAAGAGUGUACCAAGCACUGGCAACUGUGCAAAGCGACCUGCUACUGACUAUUCGUGAACUAUGCUCUCCCGCGGGAUACUGCUCGGUCGAACAGCUCAUCGAAGCAACCAUGAACGAGCAGGUUACAUAUCAAACUAGGCCUCUUGACCUCAGGAAUCAGCGUAUAUAUUGUGUCAAGACUGGUGUCAACAGUCUCCUCGACGUUGCCAGGCAGACAUACAAGGAAGCCAACGCAGACGCUGCCGAGCUUGUAGACAAUCUGGCAGGCAAGGCAUCUAGUUGGGAGUUGCAGGACACAUGCGAGAUGGCUUUAGACCUAAAGUAUGACACGGCGCGCCAAUACUAUAUCUGCAUCCGGGCCGCAGAGUCAGGGCCCCUGCCCGACGUGUUCAUCAACGUCUAUCGCAAGCGAAGCCGCAUUGAGUGCCAAACCCUCGACCUGGUCAAGCUCAACCAGAAGAUCACCGAUGCACACAAUGAAGUAAUCAGCAUGAGUGACGAGACGAUUCAGAAACUGAUCCGCGAUGUGUGCUCUGAAAUAUCCGGCCUGUUUCGCGCCAGCGAAGCAAUUGCAAUGCUAGACAUGCUAGCGGCAUAUGCGCAGCUGGCCACCAGCCACGAAUACAUCCGCCCCGAACUGACAGACACGCUCGCCAUCAAGGCGGGCCGUCACCCAAUCCGAGAACAGAUCCACGCGAAUAGGUUCAUCCCCAACGAUGCCUACGCCACGCCCCAGACACGAUUCCAGAUCAUCACCGGCUGCAAUAUGAGCGGCAAGUCAACAUACAUCAGGUCCUUGGCGUUGAUGACCGUGAUGGCCCAAAUCGGCUGCUUCGUGCCGGCCCAGUACGCCUCGUUCCCUAUCGCCCACCAGCUCUUCGCGCGUGUAGCCACCGCCGACGACCUGGACGCCAACUUCUCCACCUUCGCAGCAGAGAUGCGCGAGAUGGCCUUUAUCCUGCGCCACCUCCAGCCAAGAGGCAUGGUGAUUGUCGACGAGCUGGGCCGGGGUACGAGCACCAUUGACGGGCUUGCCAUCGCCGUAGCACUAGCCGAAGCCCUGAUCUCCAGCAACGCACUGGUGUGGUUCGUCACGCACUUCCACGAUCUCGCACGCAUCCUCUCCGAGCGCAGUGGCGUGGUCAAUCUACACCUGGCAGCAGAUAUCGCCCCCGAUGCCGCCAAAAUGACCAUGUUAUACCGCAUUACUGAAGGCCCCGUCCCGGACCGUCGGUACGGCCUCGCUCUCGCAAAACUGGUGGAUCUGCCGCCUGCUGUUCUGGACGUCGCGCACUCGGUCUCCGAGGCCCUGGAUCGGCUUAUUCAGCGCCGGAACAGUCCCUUGCGUGCUUUGGCUAUCGCCCGGAAACGAAGCCUGCUUCUGUCGCUGCGUGAACAGCUCUUGCUUGCUCGGGGCGGUACCAUGGAUGACGACUCCCUUCGACGGUGGCUGACCAGAUUGCAGGAAGACUUUGUAUUGCAGAUGUCUGCUGUUGAUGAAAAUGUCGAUGCGGAUGGCAAUGGCGUUGAUAAGGCAGGAGGCAACCAAGAUGGACGGCAUAGCCCUGUUAUGUCGGUCCGUUCGUCGUCUGCUCUUCCGACGUUCAGCUCUUAUUCGGGGAAAUCUGGUGCCAAGAAUACAUCUGCGAUGGAUCCGAUUGUGAUCGAGUCAGACUCAUCGGAGGUGGAGGAAGGAGACAGUGAUAGUGUGGUGUUGUUGUGA